UCCCUUGCUCCCCGUUCCGAGCCCCCGGCCUGUUGUGGGCGUAGUGCGGGCUGACUAGAACAGUAUGAAGAGCGGGAUGGCAGCAGCAGGUGGCGAGCAGAAGGAGUUACUGGCGCUUGUGUACCAGCACUUGGUCCAGAUUGGCUAUCAAAAAGCUGCAAAGGAGCUGCUGCGGCAGAGCGGGCAGAAAAACUUCCCAUCUCCCUCAGUCCCUCUUGAGGAUAUCGUCACUCAGUGGAAGAAAACUUCCUUCCAAGCCCAGAAACAAAAAGGAGAUGACAUCAAGGCAGACACUCAAGCAAAAAUCAGAAUUCCUGACCCCAAGAGCAGCUCUGAGACCUCAGAAGAGGAGGAAGUGGCAAAUCCCAUGAAAACUGACCUUCCUGUGAAUAACAGCUCUACAGCUAAGGCAGAGAGUAGUAGUGAAGAUGAAGAUUCAUCCUCUGAAGAGGAAGAAGUUUCUGGAAACAUGACAAAGACAACUGUGACAGGAAACAAAACAACUAAUUUUCUGCAGCUUGCUGCUCAAAAAACGAAUUCUGACCCAGGUAAAGGGGUAGCUGUAGCUGCUGUCCAAGCACAAAAGAAGCCAAACAAAGCUGUUUCAAACAAGCUAUCUCCUUCAGUUGUGGCCAAAGCAGUGCAGAAUAAGGUUAUUUCUGGCAAACCAGAAGUUGCCUCACCAUCUCAGGUUCUCAAAGGACAGAGUUCAGCACCAGGAAGCAUGGCACAGAAGGCAGCAGCCACUGAAAGCAGUAACAGCUCGUCUGAGAGUGAGGAAGAAAAGACGUCAACAGCAGUAAAAACCCCAACUCUCAAACCAGUUUUAGCUUUAAAACAACCUGAGAGUAGCAGUGAGGACUCCAGUGAGGAUUCGGACUCUGAAGAAGAAGCAACAAAAGCAGCACCCAUUCAGGUAAAGCCAGCUGUACAAAGACCUCCAGUCAGUGCAACUCCAGUGAAAAGCUCUCCCGCCCUUGUCACACCUAAAGGGUCCACAGUAAAGGCACCUCAGACUCUCAAAGGACAGAGUACAGCAGCAGCAAGUGUUGCGCAGAAGUCAGCAGACUCUGAAAGCUGUAGCAGCUCAUAUGAGAGUGAGGAAGAAAAGACAUCAACAGCAGUAAAAGAAAAGACAACAACAGCAGUAAAAACCCCAGCUCCCAAGCCAGUUUUAGCUUUAAAAAAGCCUGAGAGCAACAGUGAGGACUCCAGCGAGGAUUCUGACUCUGAAGAAGAAGCAACAAAAGCAGCAACCGUUCAGAUAAAGCCAGCUGUGCAAAGUCCACCGGUCAGCGCAACGCCUGUGAAAAGCGCUCCUGCCACUCUUUCUAAAGGAUCUGCAGUAAAGGCAUCUCCAGCAAAGACAAAAGUGAGCCAAAUUAAAGCAGGAUUUGGAAAUGCAACUGAAAGCAAAAAGCCACCUCUCAGCUCAGAUGCUUCUGACUCCUCAGACAGCGAAAAUAAGGAAUCCUUCUAAGUAGCUGUCGCGAAAUCAUCUGGAAAAACACUUCAGGCCUCUGUGGCAUCACUGAAAAAUGUGCCGCCAAACCUGCUGUCAAGCAAGGCAGCUUCUACUCCAGCUCCUUCAAAGCAAACGCCAAAGCCCUCAGCACCAAGCUUGAUGAAACCUGCACUUCUGCCUCCUGCCAAAGUUGUUGAGAGUACAGAGAGCAGUGAGUCAUCAUCUGAGAGUGAGACUGAAGCUCCCCCAGUUCCAGUGAGCCAGAAGAGAUUUAAAACACCUCAGCCUCCCACUGGAGUCAAACAAAAUCAGGCCACUAAACCUGGCACCCCAGUGAAAGCUCCAUCAGGUGCUUUGAAAAGGAAGGCAACUGAGAGCGGGAGCAGCAGCUCAUCUGACAGCGAGGAUGAAACAGUCCCAGCUGCACAAAACCUGCCACCUCCAUCUGCAACCAAAUCAAAUGCUGCAGCUCAACUGACACAUGCCAAGAAACCCUGUCCUCCACCAGCAGCACUUAAGGUGGCCCAACAGAGUGAAGACAGUAGCCAGGAUUCAAGCGAUGAGUCUGAUUCAGAGGAAGACACAGUAUUUACUCAGAAAUCAACUCCGGUGACACAGAAACCCUUAAUAUCACCUGUAAAAGCUUUGGCUGCAAAGGCUCCAGGUGCUGCAACAAGCAAAGCAGGCAGUGUGCAGUCAGCAGGGAAAAGCACAGCAAAGCUAGGGAAUGUGACAACUGCCUCUCUUCAGAAGGCAUCAGAGACUUCAGAGACUGACAGUUCCUCAGAGAGCGAAGAAGAUGGGAAGCUGGAAAAACAGCAGGAAGUAUCCUCCAGUAAAGCAGCCACUUCUUCAGGGAAGGGUGCACUGGUCAACACUGCAACACCCAAUUCUGUUUCUAAUAAAAGCCAAGGAAAAAUCCCUACCACAACAAAGGGGAAAGUGGAGCUGAGCUCUUCCAAAAAGACCAAGCCAUCUCAGAGCCAGACUCUCCUUGCUAAGCCUGCUGGGAUUCUAAAACCCAAGGAGAAUUCAAGAAGUAGCAGCUCCUCAGAUAGUGAGGAGGAGGAGGAAGAGAAGGUGGUAGCAGCAGCAGUAACACCAGCAGCUUCCAAACAGAUUCCACAGGCUGGUAUAGCACAAAAACAAGGAACCUCAGAAGAGGCAGACAGCUCAUCUGAAGAGGCUAGUGAUGAAGAGCUGGAGCCUUCACAGUCUCUCUUAACAGGUUUUCCGGGUCUUCUCAAAACCCCAACAGUCACUGCUCAGAAGAGUGUUGCAACUAAGCCAACCAAACAGGGCUCUGGGAAAGCAGCAUCCACUACUGGCACUCCUGCAGUCAAUGCUCUUGCAAAGUCUUCAGAGAAAGUAGGCCCUGUUGAUAGCUCUUCAAGUGACAGCAGUGACUCUGAUUCAGAUGCCGAGGAAACACCCGCUGGGCCAAAGUCAGAGACUGGAGCCAUGCCGUGUUCUGCAGUGGAAGCUGUGGUGGCUAAGAUGAGCAAGGGUGCCACCAUGGGGAAAAUUGGAUUAGAGAGCAUUGCUUCUAAGGCCUCUCUGGCCAAGUCUCGGAAGGAUGGCAAAGCCAAAGGAAAUGCAGCUGUACAGUUGCCACUCCUCACCCCUCACUCUGAGAGUGUAGAUAAGGGUGUUAGCCAGGCCCUGGGUGACACACACGCCACCCCUGCUGUGGCAGUCAGCACUCCCCAAAAAGUAAAGCCAUCAAAUGCUGCUGGAGUCACAGAGAAGCAGAAGAAGAAACAGAAACUGGCAGCUGGAGAUACUGACCUUGAGGAACCAAAAAGAAAAAAGCAGAAAGGGCAGACUAGCUCAGAGGUGGUGAAGAAAAAGAAGAAAUCCAAGUCUUCAAUCAGCGCAAAGUCACUAAAGAAAAAAGAUGGCAAGGGGAAAAAAUCCAAGAAAAGGAAGAACAAAAUGCCUUCUUCUGUUACUUCUGAUGGGUCACUUCUGUUGAAGAAGAAGAAGAAGAAAAAGAAGAAAACUAGUGAUCUUGAAGGAGCAGAGUGAGCAAUCACUUGCCAUGAGAAGUGAAAUGAAUAUAUACUGGGAAAUUUUCAACAGAAAGGAGCAGUAUGCUUAUAUAUAUUUUUAAACUGAAAGAGGACAAAUGUCAAAGGUUGAAUUAAAUCCUAAUUUAUAACUAUUUUUAACUGUGACACUUAGAACUAGCAACGGCCCUAGAUGGGAGCUUGGGGAUACCCUGGUGACAUUGCUGAGGAGAGGGAUCAGAUGCUUGUAACUAAAGUGGGCUUUAGAGAACAAGAAGUCUGCUGUGAUGACAGAAUCUUCAAUGCAGUCAGUUUCUUUCUCACACUCUCUGCCUCCUCUGUUGCUUCUAUUCCAGUCCUUAAAGAGAUAUAUUUUUAAGAAUGUCAUUGGUCUUUGUGCUACUCACUUUCCAGUCAACAAAAGUAAUUUUAACUUUUAAGGAUGUUCUCUGUGCUCUAUAGUCUUCUUUUCUGGACUUGUGUGCAAAAUGUACAAAACUUUGUUGUCCCUAGGUUGGCUUUUGUUUUGUCUUUUUUUUUUAUAGAACACAAUAAAACAUUUUGAUUGGAAAAAAAGAAAA